CGGCAAGCUUGACGCCCGCUUCAACAUGGACACUCUCAAAGUGGUCCCCAACUCGUGCCUUUCGUGCCGGUGUCAACUGCCGCAGCCUUGUCUACAGUGUGCGAUGAUGUCUCCCGAGCACUAGGACCUUCGUCACUCGAUUCUCCUUUACGCCAAAGCAUUUAACCCGCCUCGCCAGUCGAGUCAUUCUGCAAUUCGCAUUAUAGUCCCCACGUCUUCCUCACCAUGUUCGCCUCCACCAAGAUCACCACGCGUCUGGCCUCCGCCAUGACCACGCGCAGCUUCACCGCCAGCGCCCCCAAGCACAUGAAAGUCGUGUGUGCACUGUACGAGGGCGGCGAGAGUGGCAAGAAGAACCCAAACAUCUUGGGCUGCGUCGAGAACGAGCUGGGUCUGCGUAAGUUCCUCGAGGACCGCGGCCACGAGUUCAUCGUCACGUCCGACAAGGACGGAGACAAGUCUGAGUUUGCUAAGCACCUACACGACGCCGACGUGGUCAUCUCGCAGCCCUUUUGGCCGGCCUACAUCACUCGCGAACGCAUUGCAAAAGCGCCUAAGCUCAAGCUAGCGAUCACCGCCGGUAUCGGCUCGGACCACGUAGACCUGGCAGCGGCAUGUGACCGUAACAUCACAGUGGCCGAAGUCACGGGCUCCAACGUCGUGAGUGUAGCCGAGCACGUCGUCAUGAUGAUCCUCUCGCUUGUACGCAAUUACAUGCCUGCCUACAAGCAGGUGAUCGACGGGAAAUGGGACAUCGCAGCCAUUGCCAACGACGCUUACGACCUCGAGAACAAGCACGUGGGUGUCGUCGCUGCUGGCCGCAUCGGUCUGCGUGUACUUCGUCGUCUUCACCCGUUCGACGUUAAGUUGCACUACACUGAUAAGGUGCGCUUACCUGCUGAUGUAGAGAAGGAACUUAACGUCAAGUACCAUCCGACGGUGGAGAGUAUGGUCAAGGAGUGCGAUGUGGUGUCUAUUAACUGCCCACUACACCCGGAGACUGAGAAUCUCUUCGACGCUGAGCUAUUGAGUAAGAUGAAGAAGGGUGCGUACAUUGUCAACACCGCUCGAGGCAAGAUUGUGGACAAGGACGCACUGGUUAAGGCUGUGGAGAGCGGCCACAUUCAGGGUUACGCCGGUGACGUGUGGUUCCCGCAGCCUGCUCCAGCUGACCACCCGUGGCGCUCGAUGCCGCGUCACGCUAUGACGCCGCACUACUCUGGCACGACACUGGACGCGCAGGCUCGCUACGCUGCUGGCACCAAGGAGAUCCUUGAACGUUUCUUCGACGGCAAGCCGCAGCGUCCGGAAUACCUCAUUGCUGAAGGUGGCAAGGUCACGAGUCCGUCCUACACGCACGGUGACGCCACGUCAGGAUCGCUGUAGAUGCAGCAACGACGCCGUAGAGAUCAACGCUACUGCACGUGGGAAUUGGCGUUGCUCUUUAUCGACGGACUUUCACGAUUAUGAGUAAUUGAAAGAAAUGAAAAGAAAUUGAUCAGUAUAUCGAUCUACUUAAGUAAGUUAAGCAUUCGAUCAGAAGUGCAACAACACCUUUAUACAACAGAAG